AUGAGGCGGCGCCGCCGGGCCGGGCCGGGCUCCGGCGUUCAAGUGGGGGCCCUCGCCGGGCCGGGCCGGGGUGCGGGCAGCUCUGCCUCCACCCGCCAGCCUGUGCGCGGCUGCCUUGGGCCGGUGGCUCCCGGCUGGAAAAUCCGCCGGCGGAUCCGUGCCCCCCACCCCCGGCCCCGGGGCAGGUGCAAGGUGCAGGCCGGGGCCGGUGCAGCUGCUGACGGUGCUUGUGCCUUUGCAGACGCGGGGGACCCGGACAAGGAGAGCCCCGGCUGUAAAAGGCGACGGACCCGCACGAAUUUCACGGGCUGGCAGCUGGAGGAGCUGGAAAAGGCCUUUAACGAGAGUCACUACCCGGACGUGUUCAUGCGGGAGGCGCUGGCCCUGCGGCUGGACCUGGUGGAGUCGCGAGUGCAGGAAUGUAUAGCCAAGGCAAAUACUCUGCACUCUGUACCACUGCACUCGCUUCUCUUUGAUUGAUAUGGGGAGACAACUUUGUCUGCUUUUCAUAUAUAUAGCAUAGCCUCUCAGUCCCUGCAGGAACAGGUGAGCCCCAGAAUAAGCGUGUGUGGAUGGACAAUGAGAAAAUUAGCAUUACGCCUUUCCUAAUACAUUCAGGGACCCAGCAAACACAAUGCAGGGGUGGAUGCAGCUCCAUGAACAAACAAGGCUGGAAGACACUACAGCUCUAGCCUGGUACUCAAGGCAGGAUCACCUCUGUCUAAACCAUGCUAGACAAAGUUUCAUCUAAAAUACCCUUUAGAUGAUUCUCCAGAGAUGGAGAAUUUCGUCUACCACCUCUCCAGGGGAUCUGUGCCAAAGCUUAACCACAGAGGUAGGAAGAUCUUCCUAGUACCCACCCAAAGUCUCCCAGCUUGCAACUGAAGCUCACUGCUUCUUGUUCUGUCCCUGAAGGAUAUAGAGCACCCUUGUUCGCCCUGAUUUUCAUAACAACGUCUUUCAUAGCUCCUUUGAAAAUGUAGUGACAUAUUGACCCAUUUCAUAUCACAGUAGAAUAUGUUGAAUAAAACUAAAUAUAUCUUAAAUAUAAUGAAUAUAUUUAAGGGAUAUAAUUAAAUAUUCUACCUACACUCAACCUAUUUAAACAUCCAAGUUAAAUAAAUCUAGCUAUUAUAUAGGUCACACUUUAUAUUAAGGUUCCAUUUAUAAAUAGUUUAUGAAAGAUAAAUGGAUACUUUAAUAAAUUGUUAUGGAGUCAGUAACUUGCUUAUAACCAUUGCAGAAACAUGCUUAAAAUGUCUUGUAUUAACUCUUUAUCAACAGUUCCUUAAUAAAG